AUACGGUCAAGUCAGCCAAAGCUCCGGGUAGCCCCACGGGCCUGGCUGGGGGUGUAAAAUAACUUCUGACUGUCUGGAUGCUUGGGUGUGGCUGAAUAAAUCUUCAGAGGGCAAAAAUGAACCGGCCAAGCGCUCGGUUGACUGGAACAGCUGUGAUGGCUACUCUUGAGAAAUGCCCAGACUUGAGGUUCCAGCAGACCAGCCCAACAGACUCCGGUGCAGGCCAAACGCGUUGUUCUUUGGAGACCGACUGGAAAACCCCAACGCUGUCUGUGAGGUUCCAGAGUCGCUUUGGUGACUGUUCCAGUGUGGCGGGCAGCGGGGUUACCUCCUGCUCAGACAGCACAGAGGGUGAGUCUGAAUGUCGGAUCCUUGCUGUAGAAUUGCAGUAUGUUUGUCUAGUUCCUGUCACACAAACCAAAUGUCGGGACCUGCCCCUGUACAGAAACAGCCCUAGCUUUCGCCCCAUCAAAACCCAAGAGACCAUCCCUACAGCCCAUGUCAUGCCCUCUACAGCGGGUACUUCACCCUCCAAGCGCCGCUCAACAGGUGAGCCAAGCUCUUUGCAGAAUGCACCAGUUUCAUCCAAAGCAGCUGUACCCGGCUCUCCCACUGAAAGCGCUGGGCUGGCCAGGAGCGGAGAGCCAACUGCUGAGAGACCCUCUCAGGUGCUGCCCCUGGAUCUCUUGCAGCGUUACGGGACUUGUGGGGAGACUGGCCUGGAGCAGUCCUGGUUCCCUGUGUCUGAUCACAUGAGAGCAGAAGACACGCGAAAAUUUGACAUUCCUGCCAUCGAGCCGACCCUCAAUCAGUCUGCUUUGCUGGACACUCUCUACGCUGAGCCUCACCGCCGCUUCCAGGAUCCAGACUGGGUUCCCAGUUCCAAAGGAAAGGAGCUUUACAAAGUGCUGCCCGAGUCUAAGCCAGCAGCAGGGGCCAGUGACGCUUGCGAGCCACGAAACGGGACUUGGCCCCCUGGGAGCAGACCGGUGCCAUUAGGAUUUCAGCCCAGUAACGUUUUUUCGAAACCGAUGGCUCCUCCGUCUCGGGGGUGGAGGCAGGAGCCUUGCACUUCGCAUCCACAUCCGCGGGGCUGCGAGCUCAGUGCGUGGAGGCAGCAGCUGGACUCCAUGCGAUUGCAAGUGGAGCAGAUGCAGUUACAAAACGGAGCCGUUUGCCACCAGCCUUCCAUGUGUGCUGCCUCGCUGCUCUCAGCUGACCCAGCCCAGUGGGUCGGUGUCCUCAGCGCCAGCGAGUCUCUGCUCAAGGAAAAAGAGAUCCUCAUUGACAGGCAAAGGCAGCACAUCACCCAGCUGGAGCAGAAGGCGCGGGAGAGUGAGCUGCAGGUCCACAGUGCUCUUAGCUACGCUGCCCCUUAUGGAGACAUCUGCAUGUUGCGAGUGCAGGUAAGUGGAGAGAUGGCGCUUGGUCUAGCAGGCUCUCUGUGCCGGCGGGGGGCGAGGGGAAAGUCCCUUCCUGGUGUGGCUGCUGGUGCAGUUCCUCUGGCACAUCUGAGUUUGCUGUGGCUCUGGACGGUUGGAGCCUUGUGCAGCAUCGUAAGUCGACCCUUUGACUGUCUCUUCGUGCAGAUAAAGGGACGAGACAGACACAUUAACAGCCUGAAAAAGAAAUGCCAAAAGGAGUCGGAGCAAAGCCAGGAGAGACAGCAGAGAAUUGAGACGCUGGAGCGCUACCUGGCUGACUUGCCAACACUAGAAGACCAUCAGAAACAGAGUCAGCAGUUAAAGGAGUCGGAGCAGACGAGUUCGGUGCUGCAGGAGGCGGUGGCGGCCCUGCGCAGGGAGCUGGGAGAUGUGCGUGCUGCCUGCAGAGAGCAGGAGGCGCAGCUAGAAACCCAGAACCGCAAAGAACUGGAGUUGCUCUCCACUGUGCACAGCUUGCAGGAGAGGCUGAAGCAGUGUGUGAAGCGCUCAGGCGGAGGGUCCCCUGUCCUGGAAGUGGAGAAACAGAAACCAGAAAAUGCUUCUCUGCAGAGAGACUGUGAUCGCCUCCGGAAGAUUGUGGACAAGCAGCAGAAGAAGAUGGAGCAGUUGUCGUCACAAGUGAAGAGCCUGGGAGAGCAGGUGUCUCAGGAGGAGGGGACAAGCCAGGCUCUGAAGGAGGAGGCCGUGCGAAGGGAGAGCGCCCUGCAGCAGCUGCGUGCUGCCGUGAAAGAGCUCUCGGUGCAGAACCAGGAUCUGAUUGAGAAGAACCUGACGCUCCAGGAGCGCCUCCGGCAGGUGGAGCUGAGCCAGCCGCCGCGCGCUGGGACGGCCCAUCUUGCCCACGAGCUACACGGGGAGCUGGCCGGCUGCCUGCAGGACUUGCAGUCUGUCUACAGCAUCGUAACUCAGCGAGCGCAGGGCAAGGAUCCCAACCUCUCCCUGCUCCUGGGCAUUCACUCUGUGCAGCUUUCCGCUACGGAGCCGGCCGACUCGCUGACCCCAGACGGGCUCGCGAGGAAACUGCUGGAGGUGAAGCAGCUUCGCCGAGAGGUUGAGGACUUGCGGACUGCGAUAUCCGACAGGUACGCGCAGGAUAUGGGGGACAACUGCAUCGCACAGUGAUGGAGCUGCGCUCCCCAGCCUGCGUCGGAACCGCUGGAAACGACCACCGACCCCCUGAAACUAGCGCCUCCGGCACGGGACAAGCUAACCUGCACCUUAGCACCGCCGGCGGGGCUCCGAGAUGCAGGCUAUCCGCCCCCGCAGGAAAUCGGGGACCCCUGUGCCGUGACCAGUCAGGUGCUGAUUGGCUAACUGGAACUAUUCAGUCUUUGGUGUUCAUCAGCUUUUGCCGCCUUCGGCAGGUGUCUGCUGGGUGAGUUACCAGUCACCUUCUGAGCACGGAAACCCCCGGGUUCCAGCUGGCCUGGGUGCCAUGACCUCUGGCCUUUCUGGUAAGGCGCAAUCCAGACCGGCUCCUGCCAACUACUCUGCCCUUCCUGCUCGCACAAGUUGUGUGUGUGGGCUCCUACGCGGUGCUACUGGCGUAGCGCUUGUCUGAUUGCCCCCGACUCCGAGCAUCCCAGGCUCAUCCGCGACGCCUGCGUGUGUCCUGGCCUGGAUGAAUAGCGCGAUCGCUCAGGUAGCCAGGUCUGCCUCGUGCAGGUGGAGCAGCUGAAGUCUCAUUAGCCAGCAGCCCAGAAACCGAUGGUGCUAACUGGGUUGUAAAAACCCUUCUGUUGGUGAGGCCUUAGGGUUUUAUCCCCUUCCGGGUGAUCUGAUCGUGGGCUGCGGUUCAGACCCCGGAGCAGCACGGGGCUUGCUGCUGAAGUGCCUUGCUCCUCUAGAGAAUUUCCUGCCAACCCGGUGGAUGGGGGAGCUGGUCCUUUCUCUUCGCUCCCUUCCUGGCCAGGCACCAGCCCUGCAGCUGCCUUGGUCUGCAGUGCGGCCCCAGGGAGCAGCUGCUGCUCGGGCACAGGCCUGCGGGAGCCAGGAGUCAGUACAGGAGCAGCGAGGCUGCAGCAGGGGGCGCUAGGGCUGCACGUAAUUACUCAGGAUUCUCGAUGCACUUUUACAGCUUCGCCGCUCCACUUCCGGAGCUGCCUAGAGCCCAGCUUGCUUGGGCCUGUGCGUGAGCCGCUGCCCUGGGAGCACAGCGAAGGCACAUGCUCCCUCUGAGCUCAGUGCGCAAUGGAAAUGCUUUUCCACUUGGGUGUUUUCAGCUGGCUGGGAGAGCACAUGGGGACCCCGCUGGCUGCCCGUUGACUCUGCUGCAGAGGCUCCUAGGUCCAUGGGGCAGCA